AUGGAAUUUUCUCAAGUUACUGAUAAUAAUUUUAAACAUGCAAAAGAUAGAAAGUCUCAUAUUCCCAGCGUUCCCGUUAACUAUACAUAUUCUAAACGGCAAAAAGCCGGAAAAUCUUUUAUUCCACGUGUUGCUAAACAGCCUGAUAAUGAAAGUGAAAAGCUCGCUCUUUCUCGUGUUAAUAGUAUCAAGCAUCUUAAUUUGAAGAAAGAUAAGACCCUGUUUGCUCCUGUUAACUAUUGUAAACCAACAACAAAAAACACAAGUUCUCAUAUACCACAUAUCAAAGCAGCAAAAAAGGUUGUACCACGACAAGAGAAAUCACUCGACAAACCUACUACUUUAUUUGGAAAAUCAAAAAUUCCGGUACCUAUCUCAACCAAAAAAGCAAAGGUUGCAAUCAUCAAUUCGACCAAAAAAACAGACAUCAAAACACGUACUUCAAUUCAUAUCAGGACAUGUACUUCGACUCAUAUUAGGACCACCUCGACCCAUAUUAGGACCUGCACUUCAACGAUUAAAAAGAAGGAUGUUAGGGCAUGCGUUUCAGUCAAAAAGAAUAAUCAAGUGCACAUUUCAUCUUUUAAUGCAAUUAAAGGUGAUGAUGCUAAAGCACGCGUUUUAACUUUUGAUGCCAUUAAAAAAGAUGAAACUCUAUCUCGUAUUUCGACCAUUACUUCAAUCAAAAAAUCACUUAUCCCGGUUCGCAAGUCGAGAUACAAUUUAUUCAAAAAAAGAGUCGUCCCACUACAACCUCCUAGUCUUAUUUCUGUUCAAAACGAAACUUUUGCACAAACUUCCACCUUUAUUCUAAAAGAACAAAAUAGUCUAGUGUAUACCACAUUAAAAAAUAAACGUUUUCCAUUACAGAAAUCACUUAAUAACCCUGAAGCUUCAAUUUUCAUUUCUCACAAUGUAUCAACAUCAACAUCAAUUAUUAAACCGGAGCUAUCAUCAAUCACUUUACUUUAUAAAGCCGAAAAAGAUUUAUCAACUAUUAAACAUCAAGCAGGGGAAAGUGAUGAUAACGGUAAGCUUAACACUUCUUAA